AGUAUAUAAUAAAACGCUUCAAAGCAAGUAAUUGGUAUUAGUUAUUUAUCGAGCUUACAGUAGUUUGGACAGUAAACAACGAUUUUUUUUGGUAUCAAAGAAUGUCGAAUGAAAACAAUGAAUUUAAUGCCGAUGAGCUGAAGGCACCCACCUGGCUGGACUCACAAUUUCUAAAAAACGUGUUGGCAAAUAACUUAAAAGAUGAUCAGCUGGAAGUACUGUACUAUAAAAUCUCUCCGGCUACCGUAAAGGGUGAUCAUUAUGCCAGUGUUAUGUUUCGAGUCGCUGUGGAAUAUAUGACCCAAGCGGGCGAGAAGGCCUCUAAGUCCUUAAUAAUUAAGACAAUGCCCGAACUGGAGGGCUUCAAGAAGGAACAACUGGGCGAAUCACAUAUCUUCCAAACAGAGAUUGGCAUGUAUACCGAAAUACUGCCGAAAAUUGAGGCCAUACUGCGAGAGGCAUCCGAUGACAUAUCGCUGUAUGCGCCUUGCCUAUACUGCAGCUUGGAUCCGCGUCAGGUAAUGAUAUUCGAGGAUCUGGUGCCCUUGGGCUACACUGUAGUGCGCGAUAGGGAGCCUACUCUGGAGGAGGUGAAAUGCGCCUAUUCCAAGCUGGCCAAGUGGCAUGCCGUUAGCUACAAGUUACAAAAGGAGGAGCCAGCCGUGUUUGAAAAAUACAAAUACAGUUUAAUGGAGCUACCCAAAAUAAUGGAGGAUCCGUUUAUGAACGGCAUAGAUUACUUCAUUAGAAUGCUGGACGAAGUGCCCGACUUGAGUGUCUAUAAGCCGCACUUUGAAAAGAUACGCGCCAAUUAUCAGGAAACGUUUAGAGCUUCUUUUGUGGAGUAUCGCGAGAAUCGCCAGGAAAAUGCGUAUUAUGUGCUAUGCCACGGCGAUCUUUACAUUAGGAACAUGAUGUUCAAGCAUAAUAAAGAGAGUGGGAUCUUGGAGGACUGCAUGCUGCUGGAUUUCCAGAUGAGCAAUGUGGGUCCCAUGCCUAACGAUAUAAUUUACUCAAUAUAUCAAAUGCUAUCGCCCGAUCAACGCCAAUAUCAUCGCAAUGAGUUAAUUGAGUAUUAUUUUUCCAAUUUCACGGAGACCUUAAAGAAAAUAAAAUAUGCGGGCGAAUUGCCCAAUUUGGCCGAGUUUCACCGGCAGCUGUUUCGGCAAAGAUACUUGGAAUUGUUUCUUCUGACCACAUUUUUGCCGUUAAUGUAUUGUGUUAAAAGUGGAAAGCAAAAGUCCGAGGAUAUGGUGGAAAUGCGCUAUAAAGAGGACUUAAGACAGAGCUUUUAUCGGAUCGAGGGCUAUGUGGAGGAAGUUCGAAAGCUUUUGAAAAGUUUUGAGCAGCAAGGUUAUUUUGAAUAAAAUGGAUUUGCUAUAAAUGUGCAAUAAAAACUUGUUUCGCAUCAUUAUUGUGUA